AUGGCCUUUACUUGCGUGGGUUUUUCACGCCCAAACCGUACAAGGUUUGAUGUUUUCCUAAGCUUUAGAGGUGAAGAUACUCGUCAUUCAUUUACAGAUCAUCUCUAUGAAGCAUUAAAACGAGCAGGAAUUCGUACAUUUAGGGAUGAUGAUGACAUCAAAAGAGGAUCAUACUUAGAACCCGAAAUUGUUAAAGCAAUCGAAAAUUCAAAGGCUUCAGUGAUUGUAUUGUCAGAAAACUAUGCCAAAUCCAGAUGGUGCCUUGAGGAGCUUUCGUUGAUCCUCGAACAAAAGAGGACGAACAAUCAUUUCGUUUUGGCAGUAUUUUAUCAUGUUGAUCCCUCUGAUGUCAGGAACCAACGAGGAUGUUUUGCCAUAGAACGGUCAAAGUGGAUAGAAGUCGAUGUAAAUAGGUGGAAGUCAGCCCUAACGGAGGCUGCCAAUUUGAAAGGAAUGGUUGCUUCAGGGUCUGAAACAAAAUUCAUUGCAGAUAUUGUUGAUACAAUUAACAAUCAACAAGCUAUGAAACUUACUAGUAGACUAAGCAAUCUAACUGGAGUGGAGAUUCGAGCUAUAUAUAUCAAUUCCUGGUUGAAAGAUGAGCCCUGCAACAACGUAUUAGCAAUUUGUGGAAUGGGAGUGUUGAUGCACUUUGUGUGGAUGUGGCUUGGUUCGGUUCGGUUCGGUUCAAGACCGACGCCGCGACAUUCCUCCGUCGUGCGAACCGGAGAACCACACACAAAUGACGAAGACACGAGAAUGAUUCAGUUGAAUAUUGAUGAUAUCAUGACAUCAUCACAUGCAAUAUUGAAAUGCAAAAAUUAUCAAUCUGAAAUGCAUACAUCGAAAUACACAAAUAUAUCGAAAUAGAAAGGAUCGAAAUAGAAGCAUGUGGUCUUCUGUUUUGUCUAUACAUAUCGAAUUAGAGUUAUCGA